AAGACUGAUAAAUACUACAUCAAGGUAAAAUUAAAUAGCUAAAAAUUCUAAAUAAUUAUUAUUUUGUUGAUAUAAAUUUUAUUGUAAAUAAAAAAAAAAAAAAAAAGUGAAAACAAGUGAAAUAUGAAUAGAAGCAUGGUUGGCGGUGAGCCCAGAACCAAAAAAUUUAAACGAUCAGUAUUAUCUGAUCAUAUUUAUAGUAAUGAUUAUCAAGAUUUAUUAAAAAAAAAUUGGAUUAAUUCAACAAGUAUUCAAUCUAAUGAUUUAGAAUUAAUAGCCGAGCCAUUUCGUGUUUGUAAAAUAUCAAAUUUUAUAAAAAGUCAAGAUUUUAUGGAAGAAUUAAAAAAUGAAUUAUCUGAUAUUAAAAGUAGAAGAAAAAGUAUUGAUUUAUAUCAAUUUGAACAAACAUGUGAUUUAGCAACAAUUGAUACUGAAAAUAUUGAACAAUUACGUCAAACUUUAUUAUAUGAUUUUAAAGUAUGGCUUGAAAAUAAUACAAAUAUAACAUUAAAUUCAACAUUAUCAAUGUCAAGUUCAUGCUAUUCUGAUACUGAUUAUUUAUUAUGUCAUGAUGAUAAUUUAGUAGAUCGUAAAAUUGCAUUUGUAUUAUAUUUAUCACAAAAUUGGUCAAUUGAAGAUGGUGGUACAUUAGAUUUAUUUGAUACUGAUGAAUUUGGUAUGCCAAGAAAUGUUGUUAAAUCAAUAUUACCAGAAUAUAAUUCACUUGUAUUUUUUGAAGUUACUGAUAAUUCAUAUCAUCAAGUUGCUGAAGUAACAUCAUCAGAAAAAUCAAGAUGGUCAAUUAAUGGAUGGUUUCAUGGUUCAAUUAGAUUAAGUAAUAGAUUACCAAGACCAGAUCUUAGUUUACCAACAUUUGAACCAUGUAAAAGUAAUGAAGAAUUAAAUUCUUGGAUUAUGGAAACAUAUCUUUGUUCUGGUAUUAUGAGUGGUAUACGUGAAAGUAUGGAAAAACAAUCAUAUAAUUUUCUUGCACAUUUUUUACAAGCUAAAGUUUAUGAACAAAUAUGUAAAGAUUUAUUAUCUGAUGAUAUUAUAUGGAAUAAAGUUGGUCCAGCUGAUGUUAGAAAUUAUGAAGUUGCUGAUGAUAAAACAUUACCAAAUACAUUAAAAAAAUUUUAUCAUUUAUUUAAAUCAUAUGAAUUUUUUAAAUUAUUAAAAAAUUAUACUGAACUUGAUUUAGUACCUGAUGGUAAAAAUAUGAAACCAAAAAUGACUAUUGAAUUACAAAGAUGGUCACAUGGUAAUUAUACAUUAAUAGCUGAUAAAAAUAAUGAUGAUGAUGAUGCUAAUGGAAUAAUUGGUGAUAUUGAUAUUGAUGAUUAUAAUGAUGAUGACGAUGAUGAUGGUGGUGAUGAUGAUGAUGCAGUUGCUUCUGUUGCUGUUUCUACUUCUGAUGUUGUUGAUGCCAACGAUAAUAAUGAUAAUAAUGGUGAAAAAAUGAAAAUGUUAUUAUUACGUGAACGUAAUGAUUCAACAAGUAGUAAUGAAAAAAUUGAAGAUGAACAAAUUCAUAUUAUGAUUAAAAAUAAAAAAAGAAAGAAAAAACAAGAUGAACAAGCAUCAUGUUCAAAUAUUGAAAUACAAAAAAAUAAUAAUAAAAGAUCACCACCACUUAAUCCAGAUUCUGAAGAUUCUGAAGUAUCUGAUAUUGGUGAUUAUUUAUCAGGUGAUUCAGAUCAAGAAGAUGAUACAAUUCAAGAUGAUAAUUAUGAUGUUAAUAAUGAUAUUGAAUCACAACCAGAACCUGGUACUCUUGAUGUUAUUAUGCAAUUUUAUACUGGUCGUUUAACUGAAGAAGAAACAAUUGAUUAUGUUGAUCCAAAAGAACCAGAUGGUGCACUUAUUCAUAUACCACCAGAAGAUAAUCAUUUGUGUCUUGUUUAUAAAACAAAUAGUACAACAAGACUUCAAAAAUAUAUCAGUCACUAUUGUGAAGGAUAUUUUUACAAUCUUAUUUGCACUUAUUAUGAAUAAAUUGUUUAUUUUUUGUUUAUUAUUAUUUUCUAUUAUUAUUAUUUUUUUUUCUUUUUUAUAUAUAUU